AUGCCAGUGCCAAUCAAGGUCGUUAAGAUGGCGACGAUGCUGGGUGUGGCAAUUCUUGGAACGGUUUGUAGCCUGAGCUUUUGGGCCGACCUGAUCUGCAAUGAGCCGAUACGGCCGUCCAAGCCGUUGAUGCCGUCCGUGCCGUCAGCUUCGGAGCUUUCAGGCAUAGUGGAUCACAUCGGGAGUCCUCGAAAAUAUUUCGUUGGAUUGUGCAACCGGAGCUACACAAUUCCAGAGGUGUACGAUGCUUUUGCAGCUCAUUCAGUUGAGUGGUCGAUUUUGGGGAAGACUGAUCCUUGGUGGAGUGUCAUUUCUGUCCCUGAUUUAAAAGGAAAGGUGGACCUUCCGAAGGAACAGAAACAGCACUUUUACGCAUCUGGAAGGUUUGAUCGUGACAGGAUUCUUCGAGAUGUACGAGCAAAUGGGAGCAGGCCAUUGGACAAUGCUUCCAUUUCAGUGUUGGAUUUUGGCUGUGGGGUCGGGCGCUUGGGAAUGGCCUUCGCAUGGAAAUUUGCGGACGUGACCUGCGUGGACCAAAGCGUCUUUCAUCUGCAAAUCGCACAGAAAGAGUGGCAGAUUCAGAACAAGCGCGCGAAAGACGACCGCACUCCGAAGGGGCAGCUCAAUCUGAAGGUGUCUGGGCCCGAUUUGCUUGCUGCUGUGGCUGGGAAAAGGUUCGACUUUGUGUAUUCGAUGAUUGUUUUUCAACAUAUGAUUCCACCUCUGCAAAUUGUCUACUUGGAGCAAAUGUGUGACAUAUUGAAACCUGGAGGGCAAGGAUGGGUUCACAUUCCCACCAUGAUACCGGUGGGCUUGGCAUUGACACCUUGUGACGUGCGCCGCUCCAUGAGAACAGGAGGAAUCCAAAUGUAUAAUACUCCGAAGGAUCUUCUCGAAGGAAGUUUCAGAUCACGAGGCUGCAAUGUCACAGUGCUUGAACGAGGCAAUGCCUAUAUCAAUCCGGGCAGUACUGCGGGCAUCAUCUUCUUCAAUAAGUAG